AUGGUGCGCCUGGCGGCCGAGCUGCUGCUGCUGCUGGGGCUGCUGCUGCUCACGCUCCACAUCACCGUGCUGCGCGGCUCCGGAGCGGCGGACGAGGCGGACGCAGCCGCCGGCAAAGCCAACCGGACCCUGCUGCAGAAUAAUCUCAACGUAGAAAGUGAUUCAGCAUCAGAAACCAGCUUUCCUCUCUCCAAAGAAGCACCAGGGGAGCAUCUGGACCACCAGGCCGCACACCAGCCCUUCCCCGGACAACGAUUUCGGCAAGAAGCUGGACACCCUUCAUUGCAAAGAGAUGGCCCCAGAUCCUUUCUCCUAGACCUACCAAACUUUCCAGAUCUUUCCAAAGCUGAUAUCAAUGGCCAGAAUCCAAAUAUCCAGGUCACCAUAGAGGUGGUGGAUGGCCCUGACUCUGAAGCAGAUAAAGAUCAGCAUCCGGAGAAUAAACACAGCUGGUCAGUCCCAUCCCCCGACUGGCGGGCCUGGUGGCAGAGGUCCUUCUCCUUGGCGAGGGGCAACAGCGGGGACCAGGACUACAAAUACGACAGUACCUCUGAUGACAGCAACUUCCUCAACCCCCCCAGGGGAUGGGACCGUCCAGCCCCAGGUCACCGAACUUUUGAAACCAAAGAGCAGCCAGAAUAUGAUUCCACAGAUGGUGAAGGAGACUGGAGUAUCUGGUCUGUCUGCAGUGUUACCUGUGGGAACGGCAACCAAAAAAGGACCAGGUCUUGUGGCUACGCCUGCACUGCCACGGAAUCUAGGACAUGUGACCGUCCAAACUGCCCAGGCAUUGAAGACACCUUCAGGACAGCUGCCACGGAAGUGAGUCUGCUUGCGGGAAGUGAGGAGUUCAAUGCCACCAAACUAUUUGAAGUUGACACUGACAGCUGUGAGCGGUGGAUGAGCUGCAAAAGCGAGUUCUUAAAGAAGUACAUGCACAAGGUGAUCAAUGACCUACCCAGUUGCCCAUGCUCCUACCCCACGGAGGUGGCCUACAGCACGGCAGACAUCUUUGACCGCAUCAAGCGUAAGGACUUCCGCUGGAAGGAUGCCAGUGGGCCCAAGGAGAAACUGGAGAUCUACAAACCCACAGCCCGGUACUGCAUUCGCUCCAUGCUGUCCCUGGAAAGCACUACUCUGGCUGCCCAGCACUGUUGCUAUGGCGACAACAUGCAGCUCAUCACCAGGGGUAAAGGAGCGGGGACGCCCAACCUCAUCAGCACAGAGUUCUCAGCAGAGCUUCACUACAAAGUGGACGUCCUGCCCUGGAUUAUCUGCAAGGGCGACUGGAGCAGGUAUAAUGAGGCCCGGCCUCCCAACAAUGGACAGAAGUGCACCGAAAGUCCCUCAGAUGAAGAUUACAUCAAGCAGUUCCAAGAAGCCAGGGAGUAUUAACUAGGGGCCACCUCUAGUAUCUGUGACACUAGGCACUGCACUGAUCUGCCACCUGAGGCAGAGUCCCUCUUCUCCACAUUAUGUAUAUUUGUAUAUACCAUAUGAUUAUUUUCAUAAAUUACACUAGGGCUGUGUGCCAGGUCCAGGUGACCAUCUGAAGCCACCCUUGCCACCUACAAUGCCUAUAGGCCUCAGAAGUCUUCGAAGGGAUCAUGUCAACAGGAGGAUGAGGACAGAGAAAUGGAAGAUCCUGGAAUUAUAGUGGGUGGGAUUCAAUUCACAUCUGGAUCUGGUGUUUCCUAGAGAAGCAAAGGGGGAAAGAGACUGAAGCUGUAAACGUUAUAAGCAAUUUUUAUAUAUAACUUAUUUAAUAUGAAUGUGACUUAAGCAUAACCUUUUCUCUGGAGUUGUCAUGAUGAAACUAUUUAAUCACUUCUGUGAGAGUUCACCAAGGGGCUUAGGGAAGUGGAAGAGAAAGGGAAUGUAAAGAUUUCUUUAAAAAUAAAUAGUUCAAUGGAAAUCUAUCAAAAUAAGAAAAUGCACACCUUAAACCAAAUGUUAUUUAGUCGUGGGGCAUCUUGCUGAACACUCAGCUUCUGAAAUGCCCUUGCUUCAUACUGGGUAGGGGAAAGGGAAAAUGAAUGUUUUAGGGGCAAAUCUGAAGCCUGGUUUUAAAUAGACUUUCAGAUAAUUGCCAUUAUUGGUAUAAUGCUAUGAUUCUACUAAAAGGCCCCAGGGUGGCAGAAUUUCUGCUCACAACUUAGUGGGUUCAGAAAGCUGCAGAAAGGGUAGAUAUGAAAACAGGGAAUAGCACUUUUCCAAAGAAAAAUGCAAAACAAAUAAGAUAGGUACAUGAACCUCAUUUCAUCUAUUUUAUUAUAGUGCCAUCUUAAUAAUUUUUUCUCCACUGAUACAUUCUCAGUAAAUAAAUAUAAAAAAGGGAGAGGGACUCAAGUCUAGGAAAUCCUAAUUUUUUAUGUUUUAAGAAGGAAAAAGACUACAUUAUUUUUGUAAAGUAUUUAUUGAGUCAUUGAGUCAGAGCAUCGAGCAAUUUUAAUAUGACCUGGUUUUGUAGGGUGGAACUUAGGAUAAAUAAAGUGUUGGUUCUUAUGCAGUCUUUACUUGCAAACUCCAGGAAGAGAAUAUAUAAUAAAAUCAUAAUAAAAUGUGUUACCUGAAUAAAAUGUGUUACCUGCAAAUAUUUAUGAUACAAAUACCAUAAAAGCCCUGGCAAAGCUGGGUUUCAAGGCACGGGAAAGGAACAUUCAAACCAUAUGGUUAUAAAGGGCUCAUUGAUUGACAUUAUUGUGGAAUAAGUCAUAGCAUUUUUGGUACCAAGGGUGUCACACCAAUCCCCAAGAGGCUAAAGUUCAUUAACAUAUGUGACUUUUUGCCCACACAAAGCAAAGAAAGAGCUAAGAAAGCCGGAGUAAAGGUGAUGAAAGUGCAGGCAAAAUUCUGCAACUAUAAUAAACAAAACAAUUCAUCAUGCAAAUUAUUACUUUUCCAGAUGAGAAAACCAAAACUCAGAAAAAAAAUCACAUCGAACACACCUUUCAUUUCUUAACCCAGUGCUCUUUCUAAUAUAUUAAAAUGUUGCUGAACUUAAAUCAUACCUGAUGUCUUUGGUAUUCCUGGCCCCACCUUAAUAAAAUCUUGCUCUUUUGGAAAAACUCUUAUCUGUCAUUUACAUCUUAGAUUAAAUUAGCCAUGUGUUGCCCACUCUCACGAUGAUGCUUAUCUUUAAGGAGACUUAUUCGCAUCUGAAGGAAUUUUAGACAACUGAAUUGGCAGGGAUUGAAUCAAUAAGUUUGUAUAUCAGGGAAACUUGAGAUUUGGAUUGUAAAAAUAGAAAGAGAUGUUUCGAAUAAUGUAAAGAGAAUUGGUUGCAGUGGAUUAUAUUACCUUUGUGGUGGUAAGUUCCUUGUGAAGACAUAGAUUCAAGCAGAGGCUUAGAUAAAGCACAUGAGAGGUCUAACUGAACGAUAAAACAAAAG